CAAUCGUCAGUCGUUCGACGAAUGCCGAUUUCCAUCGUCUUGGAAGCAAGUCAUUUUCACGCCAGUCUACGAAACCGGUGACCGCCUAUUGGCCGGCAGAUACACUCGCAGAUACUCGCCCGACAGACCGCCUAGCAUAACGUGCAAGGCAAAGAGACAUAUACUGAAGCAGGCUAUGUUGAAUCGUCACGGUACCAACAGUUUGAUUUGCCCAACGCAACACGGAUUCCUCCCAAACCAUUCAUACGUGGUGAACAUGCCCGCAUUUAUGGACGGCCCAACUCAAGUUGAAGACAAAGGACUCAUAUCGGGUGCAAUAUUUUCCGAUCUAUCAAACGUAUUCGACCAGGACUCACACGGGCGCAAAAGCAGUUCUAAGGCAGGUGCACGAAACAGACUUCCGAUCAGCGCCAGUUCAGCCGACUUUAAACUCGUGGCCAAGCAGAAUGUAUUCAUUGCCCCUUGCGCUCUCGAAAGCAUGCCGACGCAACCGGAUGCAUCUCCAGACGGCAGUUUUUAUUCAACCAUCACAGACCCCUCGACUACCAAAGGCAGUGAUGCUCUGGAGGAUCCAACUGUUCCAGGAAACCGGGAAACACUCGAGUUUCGACGCGAUCAUUGUUUGAUGUUGUUUGGAUCGAAAGAAUCUGGCGAAGAAGUCGCACAGGCUAGAUACAACCAUGAUUUGAAUCUGCUCCAGGAACUUGUUGAUAAACUAGCCGAUGCUGAUGAACCAGGAAUUCGAGUUCGACGAAUUUUACGAUUAGGAAAACGAGUUGCGGGCAUCCACCGACCGCUAAAAAUUGUAUUCGAAAAUGCAGACGCUCCCAAGCGCUUACUUUCUCGCGCAUGGAGACUUAAAGGUAUGGAUAUUUACAUCAGACCAGAUAUGGAUCCAUCUCAGCGAGCUCAGCUCAAAGCCGCUGUCGUGGAACUUCGAAGGCGCACUCUUGAAGACUCCGCGAGGGCCACUGAGUUUGCCUGCCACUUUUCUUCUGUAUAUGCCAGAAACCCCUCAAGAGACAGUCAUACUGGUUCCUGCUCGGUUAGAUUGGAUUCGUUGGUGUGUUGCACCGAAAAGGUGUGUUCUCUGCUUCUGUCGCUCAAUACUUUAAAGUCCGCUGGUCCUGAUGGUCUCCAUCCCGUGAUUUUGAAGACAUUAGCACCAGUCAUUGAACCUGCAGUCACGACUCUAUACAAUAAAUCCCUUGCAGAAGGUGUGCUGCCUCAGGAAUGGAAAGACUCAGUUGUUCAGCCGUUCCCCAAAGGCGGAGAUCUUUCUCGAGUCACAAAUUACCGUCCAAUCUGUGAAGCAGGCUCUGUUGCAUAUGCUGGAUG